AGUACCCUCUCCCAGAUCCUCAGUCAUGCUGCGUCCCGCUGUCCUCGGCCUCCUCCUGGCAUGUGCUGUGUCUCUUAGCAGCUCUGCCGUAAUUCUAGAGAAUGGCAUGCCCGUCCUUUGGGUCCACACGGCUGGCCAGUUGUCCGACCUGCCGGUACAGAAUGACAUCCUGAAUCCCGACCCAUGGCACUUCCUUCACCGUAUGAGUCUUUACCGACUGAUGAUAGCUGCCACAGACCCGUUUAUGGGAUCCAUGGGGACAAAUGCCACAGACAGUCCAAUCUGGGGACUUCCACUGCAACUUGGAUGGAUGCUAACCUCAGGGCGUCUUGCUGACCCAACCGGUGUUUCAACCUGCGGCCUGCAAACAGGAGAUACUAUGUGCAUUUCUACUGAGAGCUGGUGGAGCUGUGUGAACUACUUUGUCUCUGCACUGCCCUUCCUGUCUGCCGCACAGCAGGGCUUCAUGGGAGACGGACUUCAGGUCCAGAUGCAGGUACCUGAAGGUGUACUGGACUAUUGCACCACAUAUGCUGAUUGUUUGAGUCGCUACCCUGACGCCAUGGGUAAAUGGGAUGCCUUUUUCCAGGGUCUCAAGGCUACAACUGACUCCCCUCUCCCUGAAAAUGAGAAGAAAGACUCUCUCCUCGGCCUCUACUGGGAAGCACAGAUGGCUUCAACUCAUGCCUCUGCUGCAUGCAAUGCCAGGCAGAGCCACUUCUCCGCUGUAGAGUUGUCGUUUGCUAAGAACUGGCUAAACUCAGCCGAAUACGUUUCUGCAGCACAUUUCCAAUCCAACUUGGCAAACUCUGCAAUGUUCCUAACCCCUCUUCCAAGUCGUAUUUUAAAGGAGGAUGACCAAGCGCCUAACAUAGCCGAUCUGAGUACGGAUGAAAACCAUUCACUUUCUAUCUUCUCCUGGAUGUCCAGAGCCAACACUCUACUGGGUGGGAGACUGGUGACUUACUGGAAAGGUGCCAUGUGUUCAGUGACCACAAGAGAAAAAGGCAGAGAGAUGCUCGGGCAGCUCUUACUGGAUCCCACAUUCGCUACAACCACUUUCCUUUCAAUCGUCACAGGAAUGGCUACGAGCUGCUGAGAUACAGAGAGAAAUCAAUUCGAAUGAAUAAGUCAUAAUGACUUUUUUCAUUUGAAAGUUAAAGAAUCUGUUUUGAUUUGUUAUAUUUUUGUUCUUGUGAAUAUGUGUUCCACAAUAAAGCCUCAACAAACCUAU